AUGCCUGGUCUUGCUCCUAAGAACCUGGACUACUUCACCAAGAAGGACAUUUUCCUCAACUCUGUGUUCGACAAGGGCCGAGUGAGUCUGUCCGAUCUAUCUGGUCCUGAACGAGGACCUGGGUGA